AUUAUUUGAACAUAUUAAUUAAACCAACAAAAUGUUUCGACCAUUGUCUUUUACAAUACAACUCUUGUUAAUUCAUGCAAUCCUAGCACAGGUAUUACUGCCAAGAUCUGAAUAUGCGCCGAGAAACACAGAAAUUAGUAUAUCUUCGUUCAAACAUACGCCAUUAUCGUCAGAAAAAAUUAACUCCAUUGUCUCUGCGCUCCGCAAAACGCCUACCAACACGGCAGUGAUGAACGAUAAAAAAAUGUACCUGGCAGAAAUAUUGAAACAGUCGGCCAUACAGAGAUUAAUGCUGGCAGCUGACGCCAAUAAUAAUAUGCUAAAAAGAAUACCCAAUUCUGGCAACGAUAAAAAAAUAAAGGAAAACAAUAAAUAUGUUAUAAAUACUGCAAAUUUAGCGGCCAUUAUAAACAGUAAUUUACGCAAGAGACUGGCUGAAUCUAAACAAUGAUCUUCGCUUCAUAAUUUUCUAAAAAAAAAAAGAUUGUUCUAUUUUUAAAGUUGUUGCAUACUGCGAAUUUUAUCACGUAUUACGUAUGUAAAAAUUGAAUUGAAGUUAUAAACAAUCCAGAAAAAAAAAACAGAAUUGAAAUUAAGUAUUGAUUCAUUAAUAAGUAAAAAAAAGGCGCGAAAAAAAUGAUAGUAUGGGGAAAAAUUCGCAGUGCACAAUAACUCUUAGUAAUUUAUUUAAUUUAUUUUAUCCCGCCUGCCAAACGUGGCAACUACUGGCAAAAACCAUCAAUAGAGGAAUGUGUUCAGCAGUGGAUAUAUUAUUUGUACAGAAAUAUUGUAAUUAUUUAAAGAAGAGAUGUCUAAAAUAUUAUUUUACAUUU